AAUUUAGCACCAUAAUAUCUAAAUAAGCAUAGGCACCUCUUAUUUGUAAUGUGAGGAUGUCCAUCAAUUGAAUGCAUUGACGAGUUGAAGAAGUGUUUAAAUUCCACACCAACUGACACAAUAAUUGAAGACACUUAGGAAGGGAUUUCUAUUUAUUUCAUAGCUAUCUGCUUAUUUUCCUCCAUGACACCUUCCAAUCUACACAAGAGCUUCAGGAAAUACACAAUCUAUUGAAUGGCUUUCAAUAAUGACCCUGAGCCACAAAAAAGCUACUGGAGAUGGAGCAAGCAAGAUUUCUUACCAGAGGAAUCCUUUCAGAGCUGGAACAACUACCUUCAUGCUCUUUCACAAACAUGGUUAAGGUUCAAGGAUCGUCUCCAGAGCAGAUCAGAUGAUGCAACUGAAACAGAAGAGCUCAGAAAACAAAGUGAGCAUGACAUGAAAAGAUGCCUCAACUGGUGGGACCUUAUCUGGCUCGGGUUCGGUGCGGUGAUUGGAGCAGGAAUCUUUGUGCUCACUGGUCAAGAAGCUCAUAACCAUGCUGGACCAGCCAUUGUCUUAUCCUAUGUUGCUUCUGGCAUCUCAGCAAUGCUUUCUGUCUUCUGCUACACAGAGUUUGCAGUGGAAGUUCCAGCUGCAGGAGGGUCAUUUGCUUAUCUGAGAAUUGAGUUAGGAGAUUUUGCUGCUUUCAUAGCAGCUGGGAACAUUCUUCUUGAAGGCGUUCUUGGAGGUGCAGCAGUGGCAAGAUCAUGGACAUCUUACUUCACAACCCUUUUGAAUCUUCCCAAGAAUUCACUUAGGAUCAAGACAAACCUCAAAGAUGGAUACAACAUGCUGGACCCUAUAGCUUCUGUUGUUUUGUUAAUUGCUGCAACAAUUGCAGUGAUCAGCACAAGAAAAACCUCACUUCUCAAUUGGAUAGCAUCUGCAAUCAACACAGUGGUGAUCAUAUUUGUGAUCAUUGCAGGGUUUGCUCAUGCCAAUACCUCAAAUUUGACACCUUUUUUACCUUAUGAGGCUAAAGGGGUGUUCCAAGCUGCUGCAAUUCUUUACUUUGCAUAUGGAGGGUUUGACAGCAUUGCAACCAUGGCUGAGGAAACAAAAAAUCCAUCAAGGGACAUACCUAUUGGCCUUAUUGGGUCAAUGUCGAUUAUCACAGUGUUGUAUUGCUUAAUGGCACUCUCACUGAGCAUGAUGCAGAGGUACACAGAGAUAGACACAGAAGCAGCUUUCUCAGUUGCAUUUCAGCAAGUAGGAAUGAAGUGGGCAAAAUAUGUUGUUGCUUUUGGUGCACUGAAGGGUAUGACAACAGUGCUUCUGGUAGGAAGAUUAGGACAAGCGCGUUACAUAACUCACAUUGCACGUUCUCACAUGAUCCCUCCAUGGUUUGCUCUUGUUCACCCCAAGACAGGAACACCAAUAAAUGCUACACUCCUGAUCACAGUUUUAAGUUCCUGCAUAGCUUUCUUCACAGGCUUGGAUGUGUUAUCUAGCUUGUUAUCAGUGAGCACACUCUUUAUCUUCAUGAUGAUAUCUGUUGCUCUUCUGGUGAGGAGGUAUUAUGUGACAGGAGUCACACCAAGAGAGGACAUGUUAAAGCUAGUUUUCUUCUUGAUGAUGAUUGUUGCUUCCUCAAUGGGGAUUUCAGCUUAUUGGGGUUUGAGGCCUAAUGGUUGGGUUGGAUAUGCAAUUGCUGUUCCUGUUUGGUUCUUGGCAACUCUUGGGAUGUCAGUGUUUUUGAAACAGCAAAGGCUGGCAAGAGUUUGGGGGGUUCCACUGGUGCCAUGGCUCCCAUCUUUGUCUAUUGCAACAAAUGUGUUUCUCAUGGGAUCUUUGAGUUAUGAUGCCUUUGUAAGAUUUGGAGUGUGCACUUUGGUGAUGUUGGUGUACUAUGUUUUGUUUGGGCUACAUUCAACUUAUGAUAUGGCUCAUCAACAAGAAAAGGUGCAAAUGCAAUCCAUCAAAGUUAAGCACACAGAGACCAUUGAGAAUGCAAACCCUUAGAUAAACUAAGUUUGUACUCUUUAUUCAUAAAAAUCAGAAUUCACUUUCCUCAGCCCCCUUCCCUAUCUUGUAUGAAACUCGCCAUGUUAUUAGUCCUUGUAUCAUGAACAAAAUUAGUUAAAUUGCAGUCAUAUUACUCAAUAAUAAACGGAAGAAUUAAUUUAUCUA